AUGUUAAAAGUGAACAGGCUGGAAGAAAUCAACACACGUUACAACAGUAACCGCCUGGACCAAAUGUCUUUUUAUCAGUGUAAGGAGAAAGUUGACACUGUGAGAGAAAAGCCAAAUGAUCUGGACCCAGGAUCAGAAAAGAAUGAGGUAACAACUUCAGUCUGGAAAACACGGGCUUUGGAGUCAGGGGUCAUGAGUUCGAAUCCCAGAUCUGCCGCUUUGACCUCAGAUAACCCCACUCCUCCAGCCCCAUUUGACCAUAAGAUUGUCAUAACAAAGAAAGAAACGAUCAACAAUUUCUAUUCUGUGAGCAGGACAGAAAUCUUAGGAGGAGGACGCUUUGGCCAGGUCCACAAGUGUGAAGAGAAAGCAUCGGGCUUAAAAUUAGCCGCCAAAAUUAUUAAAACCAGAGGUGUUAAAGAAAAGGAUGAUGUGAAGAAUGAAAUCAGUGUCAUGAACCAACUGAACCAUGUGAAUAUUAUUCAGCUAUACGAUGCCUUUGAAUCCAAGAAUGACAUUGUUCUAGUCAUGGAAUAUGUGGAUGGUGGAGAGCUGUUUGACAGAAUUAUCGAUGAAAAUUACAAUUUAACUGAACUGGACACCAUCCUGUUCAUAAAGCAGAUCUGUGAGGGGGUGAAGUACAUGCAUCAAAUGUACAUUCUUCAUUUAGAUUUAAAGCCGGAGAAUAUACUAUGUGUGAAUCGUGAUGCCAAGCAAAUAAAAAUUAUCGAUUUUGGAUUGGCGAGAAGAUAUAAACCCAGAGAGAAGCUGAAAGUGAACUUUGGCACUCCUGAGUUCCUGGCUCCUGAAGUGGUGAACUAUGAUUUUGUUUCCUUUCCCACCGAUAUGUGGAGCAUUGGUGUCAUGGCCUAUAUGCUGCUUAGUGGACUAUCUCCCUUUCUGGGUGAAGAUGAUGCUGAGACCCUCAACAACAUCCUAGCUUGCAGGUGGAAUUUAGAAGAUGAGGAAUUCCAAGAUAUUUCUGAGGAGGCCAAGGAGUUCAUCUCAAAGCUUCUGAUUAAGGAAAAGUGCUGGAGAAUAAGCGCCAGUGAAGCCUUAAAGCAUCCUUGGCUGUCUGACCACAAACUGCACUGCAAACUCAACUCACAGGUCAUUCCAGUUUUGCUGAUUUCCAACUUCUUGCCUGUUUUUAGGGAUUUUGUGUUUAAGAUCCUCUUUGACACCGAUGUCAAUUAG